GCGGGAUCACCUGCGGCCAUGGAGGAGACGCAGCCGCUUCCGCAGUCCGGGCUACAGCUGUGCGACAGCCUCAUCAUCUGGCUGCAGACAUUCAAUACCCCUGCACCUUGUCAAGAUGUGAAACAGCUGGCGAGUGGAGUUGCCAUGGCACAAGUUCUCCAUCAGAUUGAUGUGGCGUGGUUUAAUGAAUCUUGGUUAAGCCGAAUUAAGGAGGAUAUUGGCGACAACUGGAGAAUAAAGGCUAGUAAUUUAAAGAAGGUACUUCAAGGAAUUAUGAGUUAUUACAGUGAGUUUUUGGGGCAACAGAUUUCUGAAGAACUUAUUCCUGAUUUAAACCGAAUAACUGAAAAUUCAGAUUCUGUGGAGCUUGGGAGGUUACUGCAGCUUAUUUUAGGUUGUGCAGUCAACUGUGAAAAGAAGCAAGAACAUAUUCAAAAUAUAAUGACACUGGAAGAGUCUGUUCAACAUGUGGUCAUGACUGCUAUUCAAGAGUUGAUGAGUAAAGAAACAUUGAGCUCUCCUACAAAUGAUGCUGUUGGAGAAUUAGAGCAACAGCUUAAAAGGGCCCUGGAAGAACUUCAGGAAGCACUUGCAGAAAAAGAAGAACUGAGGCAGAGAUGCCAGGAACUGGAUAUGCAGGUGACUGCACUUCAAGAUGAAAAGAAUUCACUGGUUUCUGAGAAUGCGAUGAUGAAUGAAAAACUUGACCAGUUGGAUGGAUCUUUUGAUGAUCCAAAUACAAUGGUUGCAAAAAAGUUUUUCCAUGCACAGUUACAACUAGAACAAUUACAGGAAGAAAACUUCAGGCUUGAAGCUGCAAAAGAUGAUUACCGUGUUCACUGUGAAGAACUUGAAAAGCAACUAAUUGAAUUUCAGCAUAGGAAUGAUGAAUUGACUAGUCUUGCUGAGGAAACAAGAGCCCUGAAAGAUGAAAUUGAUGUCCUUAGGGCUACCUCUGAUAAAGCAAAUAAACUGGAGUCAACAGUUGAGGUAUAUCGUCAGAAGCUACAAGAUCUGAAUGACCUUCGCAAGCAGGUGAAAACUUUACAGGAAACAAACAUGAUGUAUAUGCAUAAUACAGUCAGCUUAGAAGAAGAGUUAAAGAAGGCAAAUGCAGCACGUACACAAUUAGAAACAUACAAGAGACAGGUUCAGGAUCUACACAGUAAACUUUCCUCUGAAUCCAAAAGGGCAGACACACUAGCAUUUGAAAUGAAACGGCUUGAAGAAAAACAUGAAGCUUUACUUAAGGAAAAAGAGAGACUAAUAGAACAGCGUGAUACUCUGAAAGAAACGAAUGAAGAGCUUCGAUGUUCACAGGUACAACAGGAUCACCUAAACCAAACAGAUGCAUCUGCUGCAAAAAGUUAUGAGAAUCUUGCUGCUGAGAUUAUGCCAGUGGAAUAUAGAGAGGUAUUUAUUCGACUGCAACAUGAAAAUAAGAUGCUUCGCUUACAGCAGGAAGGUACUGAGAAUCAGCGUAUUGAAGAACUUCAGGAACAGCUAGAACAGAAGCAUCGCAAGAUGAAUGAACUAGAAACUGAGCAAAGACUGAGCAAAGAGCGCAUCCAAGAAUUGCAUCAGCAGAUUGAGGAUCUCCAGAAAUCUUUACAGGAACAAGGCUCCAAGUCUGAAGGAGAAAGUUCCAGCAACCUAAAGCAGAAGUUGGAAGCUCAUAUGGAAAAACUAACAGAGGUCCAUGAAGAAUUACAGAAGAAGCAAGAGCUCAUUGAAGACCUUCAGCCAGAUGUAAACCAGAAUGCACAAAAGAUCAAUGAACUUGAAGCUGCUCUUCAGAAGAAAGAUGAAGAUAUGAAAGCAAUGGAGGAACGAUAUAAAAUGUACUUAGAGAAAGCAAGAAAUGUAAUAAAAACUUUAGAUCCCAAAUUAAAUCCAGCAUCAGCUGAAAUAAUGCUACUUAGAAAGCAGUUGGCAGAGAAAGAGAGAAGAAUUGAGAUUCUGGAGAGUGAAUGUAAAGUAGCAAAAUUCCGUGAUUAUGAAGAAAAACUCAUAGUUUCUGCCUGGUAUAAUAAGAGUCUAGCAUUUCAGAAACUGGGGAUGGAAUCUAGACUUGUGAGCAGCAGCGGGGCUGGCAAAGACCCUGCAGCAUGCACUCCUGCACGAUCUUUCCUAGCACAGCAACGGCACAUCACCAGCACCCGAAGAAAUCUCUCUGUCAAAGUUCCUGCUACAACCUCUGAUUAAACUACUAAAGAAAACAAACAGAAGUGCCCUUAAAGCAAUUUGUGUCUUUCAACUAACUACGAGAUUGAAAAAGAAGUUUUAUGAUGCUGGAUAUCAGCUGUUCAAAAGGCCUGUAGUUAAUUUUGCUGGCUGACUUUGAAAACAAAAUAUAGAAUUAGCUAUCUCUUUGAGGGAGCACAUUUGAAUAUUUAGAAGAGGUAAUUAGGCAUACAUCUCAAACAUUUGUGUUUUGAGAGUAUUAUAAUUUUAAAUUGACUGUAUAUUUUAGUUUAAUGUUUUCAUUUGCAUCAGUAACUUGGUUAACUUGCAAUGUGUAAUCAGUAAUAAGUAACUUAAAAAUAUAUCUAUAUUCAUUUUAUUGUUUUGGUCCAUAUAAAAAUAGUGUCAAGGUAGGCACACAUGUAGGACUAUACAAGAGUUACAUUUUUUGACUUGAUAUAUACAAGGUUUCACCUCCAGCCUCUAACUCUAUCAUUGAAUGGAUA